AUGUCGUCCUACGAUGGCACGCGGUCUGCCCGCCAAUCCAAGCGGAUUUCCAUGUCCGCGCUGUACAUGUCCAUGUCCGCGCAAGAAACCGACUUGGAAAUCGAGGAUGAGCUGGCCAAAGCCCAGAAAGUGCUCCGCGAGCUCAAAGCCAAGAUCUCGUCGCAGUCGAAACAGAACUUCGUUUUGGAAAAAGAUGUGCGGUAUCUCGAUUCGAGAAUCGCCCUCUUGAUUCAGAACCGCAUGGCCCUGGAAGAGCAAAACGAAGUUGCGAGCCGCCUUGAAGAUGCCAACGAGCUGCAAGUCGGCGCGUUCCCCAACGACGACAAGACCCAAAAAUACGGCAACUUGAUGUUUAUGCUGCAGUCCGAGCCGCGUCACAUUGCCCACCUUUGCCGUCUCGUAUCCAUGUCCGAAAUCGACUCCCUCCUGCAGACCGUCAUGUUCACAAUCUACGGUAACCAGUACGAAAGCCGUGAAGAGCAUUUGCUCUUGACCAUGUUCCAGUCUGUGCUUACCUACCAAUUCGACAACACGCCGGAAUACUCGUCGCUGCUACGCGCCAACACUCCCGUCUCGCGCAUGAUGACGACCUACACGAGACGUGGUCCCGGCCAAAGUUUCCUCAAGGCCGUCCUCGCCGACCGCAUUAACAGCCUGAUCGAGCUGCACGACCUCGAUCUUGAGAUCAACCCCCUCAAGGUCUAUGAGCGCAUGGUCGAGCAGAUUGAGGAGGACACCGGUAGCCUGCCUGCCUCGCUUCCGAAGGGCAUCACGGCUGAGCAAGCGGCCGAGAACCCACAGGUCCAGGCUAUCAUUGAGCCGCGUCUGACGAUGCUCAGCGAGAUUGCCAACGGCUUCCUGACCACGAUUAUCGACGGUCUUGAAGACGCGCCCUAUGGUAUCCGCUGGAUCUGCAAGCAGAUUCGAAGCCUGACCAAGCGCAAAUACCCGGACGCCAACGACCAGGUCAUUUGUACGCUGAUCGGUGGCUUUUUCUUCUUGCGCUUUAUCAACCCGGCCAUUGUGACGCCCAAGUCGUACAUGCUUAUCGAAGGCACCCCGGCCGACCGCCCGCGCCGCACCCUGACGUUGAUCGCCAAGAUGCUGCAGAAUCUGGCCAACAAGCCCUCAUACGCCAAGGAGCCCUACAUGGCCAAACUACAACCAUUCAUCCAGCAAAACAAGGACCGCGUCAACAAGUUUAUGCUCGAUCUAUGCGAGGUGCAGGACUUUUAUGAGAGCCUCGAGAUGGACAACUACGUUGCUCUGUCGAAGAAGGACCUCGAGCUUUCCAUUACCCUUAACGAAAUCUACGCCAUGCACGCGCUUCUUGAGAAGCACCAGAAUGAGCUCUACAAGGACAACAACUCUCAUCUUGCCAUCAUGAUGAACGAGCUCGGCGACGCACCCGCCCAGCUGCCCCGCAAGGAGAACCGUGUCAUCAACCUUCCGCUCUUUAGUCGCUGGGAGGCUGCGCUCGAUGAUCUAACCUCCGCACUGGACAUUACACAGGAAGAAGUCUUCUUCAUGGAGGCCAAGUCCAUUUUUGUACAAAUCAUGCGGUCCAUCCCCAGCACCUCGUCCGUCGCUCGUCGCCCGUUGCGCUUGGAGAGAAUUGCGGACGCUGCCGCCACCUCCAAGAACGACGUUGUCAUGGUCCGAAAAGGCAUCCGCGCCAUGGAGCUCCUGAGCCAGCUGCAGGAGAUGAAGGUCACCGACAAGUCCGAUGGCUUUGCUCUGCUGCGCGACGAAGUCGAGCAGGAGUUGCAGCAUCUUGGUUCGCUCAAGGAGGGUGUUCUUGCCGAGACCCAAAAGCUUUCCGAGGUCUUCUCCACCAUUACUGGCCAUAACACCUAUCUCAACGGCCAGCUGGAGACAUACAAGAGCUAUCUACACAACGUGCGCAGCCAGAGCGAAGGCACGCGUCGUAAACCGCAGAAGCAACAGGUGCUGGGUCCCUACAAAUUCACACACCAGCAGCUCGAGAAGGAGGGUGUCAUUCAGAAGAGCAACGUUCCCGACAAUCGGAGAGCGAACAUUUAUUUCAACUUUACGAGCCCGCUCCCCGGUACAUUUGUGAUUUCUCUGCACUACAAGGGACGCACACGUGGUCUCUUGGAGCUUGAUCUGAAGCUCGACGAUCUGUUGGAGAUGCAAAAGGAUAACCUGGAUGAGCUGGACUUGGAGUAUGUCCAGUUCAACGUGCCAAAGGUCCUGGCUCUCCUCAACAAGCGUUUCGCGAGAAAGAAGGGCUGGUAA